GACGAGCACAGCGCAGCGCUGCCGGCGGGGCGGAACACUACUCUUCAUCUUCAUCUUCAUCAUCAUCAUCGACCCAGUUGGUUUUCUAGGAACCGCCGACAGACCCUGGCACACACACCACCGUGCUUUUUUUCCACUAAAGAUUUGUCACGUUGAUUCACUUCGCUACUCUACCCGCAUCUCGACACACAAUGGGAGAGCGAGAGGACCUAGUUUAUCAGGCCAAACUCGCCGAGCAGGCAGAGCGAUAUGACGAGAUGGUGGAGUCUAUGAAGAACGUGGCGGGCAUGGACGUGGAGCUCACAGUGGAGGAGAGGAACCUACUAUCAGUGGCCUACAAGAAUGUGAUCGGAGCUCGGAGAGCUUCCUGGAGGAUAAUCAGCAGUAUCGAACAGAGGGAAGAGAACAAGGGCGGAGAGGAGAAACUGAAGAUGAUCCGGGAAUACAGGCAAACGGUCGAGCAGGAGCUGAAGUCAAUCUGUGGUGACAUUCUGGAGGCACUGGAAAGGCACCUACUCCCCUCUGCUGUCAUGGGAGAGUCAAAGGUCUUCUAUAACAAAAUGAAGGGUGACUACCACAGGUACCUGGCAGAGUUUGCCACCGGCAACGACAGAAAGGAGGCAGCAGAGAACAGCUUGGUGGCCUACAAAACCGCCACCGAUCUAGCCAUGUCAGAGCUGCCGCCAACGCACCCCAUUCGCCUCGGCCUCGCCCUCAACUUCUCCGUCUUCUACUACGAGAUCCUCAAUUCGCCUGAUCGCGCUUGCAGGUUGGCAAAAGCCGCGUUCGACGACGCCAUCGCAGAACUGGACACACUGAGUGAAGAAAGCUACAAGGACUCCACACUUAUCAUGCAGUUGUUACGUGACAACCUGACACUAUGGACUUCAGAUAUGCAGGGAGAAGGUGAAGAACAGAACAAAGAGGCACUGCAAGACGUAGAGGAUGAGGCCCAGUGAGACUAUGCCACCAACAGCCAACAACUUGAGACCCUCCCCUCACCUCCUCACACUCCUCGUCCCUUCACCUUCGUCGUCCUCCUUUUCCUCAACCCCCCUCCCUCUUUCCAAUAUCCUCUUCCCUCUCUGCGUGUCACCCUCCUCUUCCCUCCUCUCUUCCUUUUUCCUUCUUUCUUCCACCUCCUCCGCAGCUCCGAGACCCAGCAGGGUCACGGAGCUAACAAGUUUAUUUUUUCUUCUUCUUUUUUAUUUUUAUAUUAGCCCUUACAUCAUUCAAGAAAAAUACCACUUAAUUGAGACAGUAAAUACAAUGUUAGAAAGACAAAGAUAAAGAGAGUCCCUGGAUUUUUUUUUUCUUUUUUUUUUUGUCCUGGUACAAGCGGUUCUGAAAUGUUAUCUUUGUUUUCAUUAUUGUAUUUUUGUUUGUUUGUUUUUUUUGCUUUUUCCUCAAUAUUUUUAUCAGUUGCUGGAUGUAUUGAGAAUUUUUUUUCUUAAUGUAAUUACAGAAAUUAACUUUUAUUACUGAUAAUGUUGACUAUUAGUUAUGGGAGCUAUUUUAUCUGUUUUUAGUGAAAAUGUCAUGCGAAUCAUUUUACCUUUUUAUGGGCAGUUUGAAAAACUAAAAAAAAAAGUGCCCUUUUGUUAACUUAGUUUUUCAGAGGAAGUUGGCAAAAUUCGCGAUAUCCACGUGGGGCAAAGAAGUGCUUAACUUUUACACCAUAGUGAUUCUGUUGUCAUGUUUUUUGUAGUUGUCUUUGGACUGUACUUUGUGCUGAAAUACUGUAACUGUGCACACAUGCUGAAGGUCGACUUAUAGCUAGCUGGUGGUUUUAAUUCAUCAAAAGAAAAAAAAAAAAAGAAAAACUUGGGAGUUUCGUCACUUGUGUAAAAGACAAGUCUCAAUUUGGCCCCCUUGCUCCUCGACAGACAGCCCUAAAAUAUCAAGAUUGUCAGUGCUUGCAUGAGUUAGCAAAUAUUCUUUUUCUGCUGCUCCCCCCCCCACUUUGUACUAAAGCUCCUCUAGAAUCAGAGGUUUACUUUCUUCGUCGUUUCCUUUGUUUGUUCUUCUUUGUUUUGCUUCAUUAUGUGUAACUUGGAGCUGAUUUGUACUACUGGAUAUCUGACUGGAGCCACAGACAGGGAAUCUGUAUUGUUCUUACUGAAACACAGCAUGGAAUUAACAUUAAACAAUCUAAAUUAAACAUUACAAACUUGACUGUUUGCUUUUAUUCAUUUCAACCAUUCACCCAGUUUUUUUUCAGAAGAUUUUUUUUUUGCUGUUUCUUGUCAUGGUUCAGUGUUACAUGAAUAAAUGAAAGCAUGCAGUGUUG